AUGUCCGCGUGGAAAUUUGCCUUCUCCCUAAGCAAGGCGGAAGUUCAUGAAGCGAAACCCCCUGGGACAGCCCUCAUCAUACGCGAGCAUGAACGGAACGUGGGAUCAUCGACCGAGGUGAUCAAGUUCCCCCAACCGUCCAAUGACCCAGCAGAUCCUCUGAACUGGUCGACCUGGCGAAAGUUCACAGCACUUUUCGUUGCCUCUCUUUUUGCCUUUACUGGAAACUUUCUCAGCGCCUGCAUCGCCCCGGCCCUCCAGCUUCUAUACCAUGGCAUUGUUCCUCCGACUCGGCCGUUUUCCGAGCUUACAUACCUCAUUUCGACGAGCAGCUUGUUUCUUGGAGCCUCCAACAUCCUUUGGGUCCCUCUGUCCAACAUUUUUGGGCGAAGGCCAGUUCUCCUCGUCGCCACACUUCUAAUGACAUUUUGCACAUUAUGGUGCGGGUUGGCGACGUCUUAUAGCUCUCUGUUAGCUGCGCGAGUAUUCCAGGCCAUCGGUGCCGGUGCGUCCGAUACUGUUUCUCCAACCCUGGUCGGCGAGAUGUUCUUCAUGCAUGAACGCGGUCGAGCAAUGGCAAUUUAUACAGUCUUUCUAGCUGGAGGCCCGAUCGUAGGCGGAAUAGCCGGCGGAUACGUCGGGUUCAACCUCGGGUGGCAGUACAUCUUUUGGGUCGGCAUCGCGUUAUCCGGGGCAUGCUUCUUUGGAGUUCUAUUCUUAGUCCCCGAGACGCUUUACGACAGGGCGUUUGUAUCACCCUUUGCUGCCGACGAAACACUCGACGAGGACAAGCCGGGCUUGACGCAAAUCGAAACCACACAAUCGGCCGAGACGUACGAACCAUUCACAUAUGUCAAGUCUUUAGGAUUUGCUCGGCCACGUGGAGACUGGCUUGCGAAGUUUCUCCAACCCUGGCGCACUGCCCUCCUCCCGGGGACUUGGUUGGUGACGCUGCACUACGCAGGGCUCGUCGGCGGAAUUAUUUCGAUAUCCACGAUUGGGCCUCAGCUAGUCGCUGCGCCGCCGUAUCUCUGGGGGAGCAACGCGGGUCUUAUCAACGUCGGCGGCCUUGUCGGGUCGAUCAUCGGCGCUCUGUACGCGUACGUCGUCGUGGACGCGAGGUUGAAGAGAUCCGCCAGGCGCGAGCACGGUGCUGCUGAGCCCGAGAGUCGACUGCCGACCAUGUUCCCAACCCUGGCGCUUUCAACAGGUGGCUUUUUUGUUUUCGGCUUCUGUGCUGAAUAUCCUUCCAAGAAUGCGUGGGUUGGUCUGCAAGUUGGGUAUGCGAUGGUAGCGAUGGGCCUGAUGCAAGUUCCUUCAGUGGGGUUCAAUUACCUCAUUGACUGCUACGGCCAUCUUGCUGCCGAUUGUUUUGUCGUGGUUACAAUUCUGCGAGCGAUUAUUGCGUUCGCCUGGACCUUCUUCAUCAGUGACUGGAUCACAAAGCGUGGAGCGGCUGAGCCUUUUGGGAUAUUUGGCAUGUUGAUGGGCAUCUUCUCGUUGCUCACUAUUCCAGUGUGGUUGCUAGGCAAGCGAAUGAGAAUUGCUACGGCGAACCUCGUUCAAAAGUAA